GCCAAAAAGACGGAGCAAGCCUGCCUGCAGCUGCGGGCGGCUGCCUUUCCGGCGUCACCUGUGGCACAUAAUGGACCGUCACCGACUCUACAGCGAGCCAGCCCGACUAGGCAAACCCGACUGGGCAAACCCACCCAUCGAUCCCUGCAUCGCGCAUUUUUGCCCCCACGGUCAAAGGCCCUGCUUCCCUCUAGCCUCCAUGCUGCUGCCGCUCCUCCUUCCCCCUCUUUUCCUGCUCACCUAGACCCGACCGCCCUUUCAGAAUGCAACAGCAGCAACAGCAACAGCAACAGCUAGAGUUUCCGGGCACCUAGGGAGACAAAGGACGCCCGGUCUUCGCGUACGUCGACUCACGCCCUCCCUUGCUCUCUUGGCCCAGGCCCGGGCCUGCCCUGAACGGCAUGGGCGAACGGGGUAGGCUACGACUUAGCCCAAGCCUGCCCGGCCUAGACUACCGCAGUCCCCGAUUUCGCCUCUAUCCAUGUCAGUUUUGUCAUCCUUCCCGCCCUGGAGUUUUUUUUUUCUAGUCCGAGGAGUCAGCUGUCUGCUGGUGAUUCUCUCUCCUCUUUCCAAUAAAUAUCGUCUUCUUCCCUCACUGUCCUGUUCGUGGAAAGAAUUGUUUCCUUCCCUUCCCUCUCCCUCACCUCCACUCUGGGCGUGGUGUACGCCGCACAGUCCUGAAAGCCGCCCUCCUUUUUUCUUAUCCUUCUCCCCUCGGAUCCCCGGUCCGAAGGCUUCUAUUUGUGUCCAAUCGUCACGAAGGCCCCGUCUGCGAUGCACACGCUGCUGCUGCAUACCUAGCCCACCCGCUACCGAUCCCCGCUCCUUCCCGCCCCGGCAAUUUAGUAGAUUCUCGAGCCGCUCAAGGCACCAUCCAUUGUCACAACUCCGGGGCUAUCAGGAUCAACGUAAAAUUGGAGACGCCCACCAUGAGGGAAUCAAGAUCAACCACGGGGAGUAAACUCCCAACCAAACAGCUGGCGAUUUUAGCUGUGGCAAGAUUUGCCGAGCCCCUGGCCUUAACAUCGGUCUUUCCGUAUCUGCCAGAGAUGAUCUUGAGCUUUGGUGUAAAGCAGGAAAAGGUCGCACAAUGGGCUGGUCUGACGGGCGCCGCCUUUAGCAUCGCCCAGAGUCUGACGGCUGUACCUUGGGGUAUGCUUUCGGACCGUAUCGGCCGGAAGCCGACCAUUAUGAUUGGACUCAUGAGUACCAUGAUAUGCUUUCUCGUUUGGGGAAUGUCAACCAGUCUGGCCAUGGCCCUCACAGUCCGCUUUGUCCAGGGCGCCGGCAAUGGCAACGUGGGUAUCAUCAGGACCAUGGUCGCCGAAAUGGUGCCGGAAAGGGAACAUCAGGCUCGCGCCUUUUCCAUCAUGCCCCUCGUGUGGUCCCUUGGGAGCAUCUUUGGGCCUUCGUUUGGCGGCUUCUUCGCCCGCCCUGCCCAGCAGUAUCCCGGUCUCUUUGGGGACAGCGUUUUCUUCAACAAAUACCCGUUCGCUCUCCCAAACUUUGUUGCUUGCGUCUUCUUCAUGAUCUCCUUCAUUACUGGCAUCUUGUUCCUCGAGGAAACUCUAGAAAGCAAGCGCCAUGUCCGAGACUGGGGGCUGAAACUGGGCGAGAAGCUCACGCGGCCAUUCUUUAAGCGUCACCACAGCCAUCACCACCGCCAUGCGCGACCCUCCUUUGUAGACGGCGAGGCGACCGCGCCGCUGCUCCCGCGUUCGCCAGCCAGGUCGGUCCGCCGGCACAGCCGGAACCCGCCGCCCAAGAGGAACCUGUGGGACCUGUUCAACUUUUUGACUGUUAUGAAUCUCCUGUGCUACACCUUCUUGGCAAUGCACGCCGUGGCCUUUGACCAGCUGCUGCCUGUGUACCUCAACUACCCCCACCGAGAGCCGGGAUCCGACAAAAUUCAGCUCCCUUUCAAGUUCAAGUCUGGGUUUGGCCUGUCUUUCGAUAAGAUUGGCGCUAUUUUCAUGCUUUACGGAAUCAUAUGUGGAGUAAUUCAAUUUGUCGUCUUUCCUCCACUCUGCAACAAAUAUGGCGCCCUGAGGUGCUAUCAGCUCUCUGCAAUUCUAUUCCCGAUCGCAUACAUUUUAACCCCUUAUACCAGCCUGGUUCCCGGCGAGUACGGCCGGUUCCUUGCCCUGAUGGCUGUCCUCACACUCAAGGGCUUCGCCGGCAUCUUGGGUUUCCCGUGCGUCACCAUCAUGCUCACCAACUCGGCCCCGUCCCUGAGCAUACUCGGCACGCUGAACGGCGUCGCCACCACGCUGAGCGGCGUGGGCCGUGCCGUUGGCCCCGCCGCCGGCGGCGCCGUCUUCACCUGGGGCGUCAACGGCCGCGAGUACAUCGUUUCUGGCUUUUGGUUCCUCGCCGCCGUGGCUGUCCUAGGCGCCAUCCCUCCUUGGUUCAUGACCGAGGAGCCGGAGGUGAAGAUGGCCGACUCCGAAAGUAGCGGCUCGGACAGUGAUGAAGACGAAGUCGAGGAAGAAGACGACACUGCCUCUCUUGCUGUGUACUGCGAGGCGCCGAGGCAGCCUGCUGACUCGGGCUCCAGGGGAUAUGGGACGGUUCGAUGAAAGGAAGCCAGAACGGCCGAGCGUUGGAAUAGAAACAUGUUGAGAAAAUGAUUUCACCAGUUCAGAUCUUUGUCUCGGUUCUUUUUUUUGCUCUGUGGCUUGCCGGUUGGUAAAGCAAUCUUCAGCAUCAUAUUGAUACCUCUGCGACUGCUUUUUCGCCUCAUGUCCAUCUUUCUUUGUUGCACUCUGUUCUCGAGGGCUCGCCUUUGUUUUGUUUUGGGCAUGAAAAACCAGAAAGAUAUGCUGUGUUGCGGGUGCGUCAUCUACUCAACAUUUACCAUACACAGAAGGAGGCAAUGGGGCAUCCUCAAGAUUGACAGUCCUAAUUCCAAAAUCAUGCUACAAACGAGUCAAGUCGGAAGGGUAUAUGUGAUUGCCUGUCGAGGGAAUAUACCUGAGCUACUAUCUAUCUAGGCAGCCAAGCAAACGUACCGAAACGAGAAAUAAAAUAAAUCCUGGUCCUCUCUCUCGC